GGUACUCACAGAUGGUAGCCAUUGUAACAACUGUCCGAACUGAGCAAGCGCAAAAUCUCGGCUGCUGGACACGAUUGCAAGUAGCAAGUCAGUCAAACAAUAAUUCUUCUUUCGUGAACUUCAAUGAGUGUCAACGAAGAUUUGCAUCAUACUUUCUCCUUGUGCCGCCAAUUCCUGCGAUUAGUAGGCGUAUGGCCCGAUCCAGAUACUCCUUUGAGCGACUUUCGGCCCUACUUAAGAUUUUUUAUUACAAUGUGUAUCUUGAGCAUGUACGUUUACGUACCGCAACUCAUGAAUGCGAUACGUUCUUGGGGUAAUAUGGAUUUAGUGAUACAUUACACCGCCAGUGCUAACUACAGCUUUUUAGCAUGUUGCAAGCUGGUCGUCACUCGGUAUCACGGUGAAACCUUGCGAACGCUAAUGACAUCGUUCAGGACCGACUGGAUGACAUCAAAGCGAAACUGGGAACGUAAUACGAUGUUGAAAGUAGCAAGAACUGGCAGAAGCAUAUCUUUCUGUUGUUAUAUGAGUGUCAUAUGCGCGACCAGUGUUUACGUAUAUAUGCACCUCUUGAAAUUUUACCGAAAUAUAUGUUUGUCCGAACGGAAGUUGGUUUAUCCGUUCGAUUAUCCUUAUGACAUACAAAAAAGUCCAUACUACGUAAUUACUUACUUCACUCAAAUGUGUGCUGGCCUGUGCGCGGCAUAUACCAACUCCACUGUAGACACCUUCGUCUCGCUGCUCUUGCUGCACGUUUGCGCGCAGCUGAUUAAUCUACGAACGAUGCUCAACAACUUGGUCGAGAAGCUAGCCGAGAAAUCUAUACCAUCCACAAAGUUUAAGGAGGGCAUUACCGCCAUCGUCCUACGACACGAGAGUCUCAUCAGGAACGCUAAGAUGAUCGAUAAUUGCUACAGCAUGGUUUUGUUGGUACACAUGAUGGUCGCUACUUUUCAGCUGUGUUUUGAAAGUUUUGAAGUUUAUACGAAAAUAACGCACAAUAAUUCAGAUGGUACUACUGGCUCUAAAAUGGGUUUUCUCGUAUUUUACGUCAUGCUCUUGUUGAUACAGUUAUACAUGUAUUGUUACUCAGCUGAGAAACUUUUAACAGAGAGUACUGCAAUGGCAUAUGGCGUAUACGAAUGCAAGUGGUACGACAUACCAUCGAGAGACGCGAGAGAUUUAAUGUUUAUCGUGUAUCGAUCUAUGAUUCCACUCAGACUGACAGCUGGGAAGUUUAGUACCUUUUCGAUUGAAAUGUUUGGAACGAUGGUGAAGACGUCAAUGGGAUAUUUAUCAAUGUUGCUGGCGAUAAAGAAUUAGAGGAAAUAUUAUUAGAAGUGAUUUCAUAUUAACCUCUCAUAUGACUAACCACCACUCGUUUAUGAUUAAGAUAAUUUUAUUUAUAUACACUGU